AUGGACAAGAAGGUGGUGCUGAUCACAGGCUGCUCCUCCGGGAUUGGUCUCAGCCUGGCGGUUCGCUUAGCCUCUGACCCCGACAAAAGAUUCAAAGUCUAUGCCACAAUGAGAAACCUGGCCAAGAAGGAACGUCUCUUAGAGUGUGUGAAAGGCCUGCACAAAGACACUUUGGACAUACUCCAAAUGGAUGUGACAGACCGGCAGUCCAUCCUGAAUGCAAGAGACAGGGUUUUGGAGAAACGAGUGGACAUUCUGGUGUGCAACGCUGGCGUGGGUUUGAUGGGGCCACUGGAGGUGCAGUCGUUGGACUCGAUGAGGAAGAUCCUGGAGGUCAACCUCCUGGGUACCGUUCAGACCAUCCAGGCCUUUCUGUCAAAUAUGAAGGCUCGGGGCCAGGGCCGCAUUCUGGUCACUGGCAGCACCGGAGGGCUUCACGGUCUCCCAUUUAAUGAGAUGUACUGUGCCAGCAAAUUUGCAAUAGAGGGAGCAUGUGAGAGUUUGGCUGUCCUCCUACAACACUUCAACAUUCAUGUGAGUCUCAUUGAGUGUGGUCCAGUCAACACUGACUUCCUGGUCAACUUGCAGAAGGUGGAACUUGAGGAUGCAUCUCUCCAACAACUUGACACCCAAACACUGAGCCUUUAUGAAAAAUACCUGCAGCACUGUAGCUCUGUUUUCCAAAAUGCUGCACAGGACACUGACGACAUUGUAAAGGUAUUUCUAGAUGCCAUCCAGUCACCCAGCCCUGCAUUCAGAUACUUCAGCACCAGCGCUGUGCCACCUCUGACCAAACUGAAGAUGACAGAACCAGAUGGAUCACAGUACAUCAGCGCUAUGAGCAAAAUCAUUUUCUCAGCUGAGGAACAAUAG